UUGUGUUGUCAGUGUAUUGUGGGAGGGUGAGAUGAAGCUGAUUCGAGGUUGAUUGCCUUUAAAAACAUGGAACAGCGUACAGCGUGGUGAGAGACAAGUUAUCAAGACUACAGCCUCCUGUGAAGCCAUGGCCUCCAGUUGUCCCCUCCUGUUGUUGGUCCUGUGCAGUCUGACUGUGGCUGAAGCCCAGCUAAAGGUGUUUAACAUGCGGGCAAGCAAUCUUCACUCCAGCAACCUGGGGUCCCCAGACGGCUAUGUCAAGGGUUUCUGCGGCUCCGCCAAGCUGGGUAAAACAUCUGUUCGCAACAACAACCCAAACCCCUGGUGGGAAGAGGUGUUCACCCACUUCAAGGCCAAGGAGAAUAACGUACUGAAGCUUGAGGUUCUUGACAGUGAUUUAAUCUUCGAUGACCUGCUGGGAGUCUGCCAGCGUCAGAUCAAGCUGGGAACCCAUGAGCAUGACUGCUUCCUGGAGAAAGGUGGCACGCUCCAUUAUACCUACACCCUCGGCUGAGACAGUCAUUAGGCAUGUAUAAAUGUAUCUGACGUUAAGUCUUUACAUGCAGCUUCCAAUUCUCUCAGACUGGCUGCAAGGAACAUUUUCAUCCUAAUAGACUAGCUGUGAGUGCUAAGGUACUCUGUCCCAAAUCUAUGAUUCAUCAUUUAGGAUUAGACCAGUAAAAUAGUUACUCAAACUCAAAAUUUAAUCAAUAAACCUUGUUCUGGUGACUUUGUCACACUAAACCAGUGGCUAUUUUACCCUGUUUCCAAGGUUGUCAAAAGCAAAUAAACUGUACUGCAACAACCAAA